AUGUCGCCGUCGGGGUCCGCAUCCGCCAUCGUCGCCGACAAAACGGAAGGGUACCACUUUCUCACGAUCCACGACUACUCCCGAACCAAGGGCGUCCCCAUCGGCGAGGGGAUCGGCUCCCAGCCCUUCACAGUCGGCGGCCACCGUUGGUGCAUCUACUAUUACCCCAACGGUGAUCGCACGGAGGUUGCGGACUACGUGUCCUUCUCCCUGGAACUAGAAGAAGAUGGCGCGACGGCGGUGAAGGCCCAUUUCAGAUUCUGUUUCACGGGCGAGGGGGAGGAGGAGGAGGCGAAGCACGCGGCUUUGCUGGCGUUGGCAUCGGUGGACGAAUACACCUCCGGGAACGGCUGGGUGUGUACGAAGUUCAUCAACAGGAAGGUCCUGGAGAACUCCAAGCAUCUAAAGAACAACUCGUUCAUGGUCCGGUGCGACAUCGUUGUCAUACACAGGUACGGUUCUGCGUACAACCCGGUGGCCUACGUCUCCGUGCCCCCAUGCGAUUCGUCCCAGGACUUUGGCGAGCUCCUGGAGACUGAGAAGGGCGCCGAUGUGGUGUUCGAGGUUGGCGGCAAGACCGUGGCCGCACACCGGUGCAUCCUUGCGGCCCGCUCGCCGGUCUUUGCAGCCGAGCUCUUCGGACCAAUGAAGGAGGGCAAUGCUGCCACUGCUGGCGUAGUGCACUUGGAAGACAUGGAGAUGGAGGUGUUCAAGGCGCUGCUCCGUUACGCGUACACGAGCUCACUGUCACUGCAGGGGAUGGCGAAUGACCACGUCACGUGCCAGAAAAUUCUCGUCGCGGCAGACAGGUAUGGCAUGGGGCGGCUGAAGCUACUCUGCGAGGAGUGGAUCUGCGAGUGCAUUGACGUGGACACGGCAGCGACCAUCCUGGCGCUAGCCGAGCGGCACCAUUGUGAGGGGCCGAAGAAGGCGUGCUUCGAUUUUCUUGCGGAUCCGGCGAAGCUGAGGGCAUUCAUGGCCACCGGCGGUUUCCAGUAUCUGUGGGAAAGCUGCCCUUCUCUCAUGAUGGAGCUCAUGGACAUGUGCUUGCCGUAUUAG